AUGGCCUACAAGUAUCUUGAUGUGCCUGGAGCGCUCGGGGCGGCAGGGGAGAAAUAUGGGGGGGUAAUUCUGGGGGUCACCGUGCUCAAAACCCUGAUAGCCUGGCUGGCGCCUGAUCUGGCGCGCACCGUGCGCAUGUGGCGCCAAUUCCUGCCCAUCUACCUGCGCUGCCGCUGGACCAAGUGGCGCUACCAGGAGGCCCGGGGCUAUACUGCGCGGGAAGUGGAGAGGAAGUGGGCUGUUAGGCAUGAGGCGGAGGGAACAGCGGUAUACGAAAUGCUGCUGGACCUCUCUGGCAUGUAUGUCAAGAGCGCGCAGAUUCUGGCUUCCAAGGGCGACUUCAUGCCGGCUCCCUGGGUGAGGAAGCUGUCUGCCAUGUUCGAUUCGAUGCCCCCCAAGCCCUGGCACGCCGUUCAACGGGCGCUGCUGAGGGAUCUGCAGGAGAGCCCGGCCGGGCAGCUGAGGGCGCUCCACGGGCAGCCCGCACUGAUGGAAGCUUUCCUAGAGACAGUGGAACCUGCACCCAUGGCUUCUGCUUCCAUCGCACAGGCGCGGAACCCCAUGCAGCAUACUUGGAUGGUGCACGGCGCGGUGCUGAGCAAGGGGUUGAUAUCAGAAUUGAAUUGGCGCUGGCGGCACGGUCCGAGCGUGGUGCUGAAAGUGCAGCACCCCGACAUGAAGGGCCUGAUGGACAGCGACGUGCGCAACCUCGGCCGGCUCGCCGAUUUUGUGCGGGGAACCCUGCCGUUCGAUAUCUUCCCCGUCCUGGGGGAGAUGCGCGAAACGGUGCCCAAGGAAUUUGAUUUUCUGCGCGAGGCCCGGCUGAUGCGAGUCAUCGCUGCUCGGCUCAAGGCCGCGGGCAUUGAAGGCGUCAUCGUUCCAGAGCCCCUUAUGGCUCUGUCUUCUCAGCAGCUGCUCGUGAUGCAACGCAUGCCCGGCAUUCCCUUUUCGCGCAUCCUGGAGGCGGCCGUGCUGGCGCCAGCUGUGCGCCAGCGUGCGCAGCGUGCGGUGACUAACCUGCUGCAUGCGUUCGGCUGCACCAUGCUGCAGCAGGGGCUCUUCCAAGCCGACCCCCACGCCGGCAACCUGCUCCUGCAGGAGGAUGGAACGCUGGUGCUGCUGGACUUUGGGCAGUGCAAGGCGCUCACGGCGCAUCGGCAGCGAGCCCUCGCGCGGCUAAUUAUUGCCCUCGACAAGGGCUGGCCGUCAGGGGUCGUUGCAGCGUUGAAGGGCAUGGGCAUGGAGUUCAAGGGGCUGGACGGCAAAGCAGCCGACCCCCUGCUCGUGACAAUCGUCGCCAACAUAAUCUUUGAUGUCAGGCAAGUACUUUUCUUUUCCGUCUUUUGGAGCACACCAGCUCUAGGCAGCUCAAGUAGGCCGAUGCCGGAGGCGCUGGUGUGCCCACUGUCGGCGGAGGCGACCAUAAAGAAGAUUCCACUCGCGCAUUUCCCCCAGGACCUAUUCCAGGUCGGCCGCUCCGUCAUGAUCUUGCGAGGCCUCACGCAUGCUCUGGGCAUGGAUGUCCGGGCGGCACAGAUUUGGCGCAAGUAUGCAGAGGCCGCACUGGCCGACCCCGAACUGGACAAGCGGGCCGAGCAGAACCUCCGCUACGAUGACGGCUGAAGCGGUGAUUGAUGUCAGGAUUUCUACUGAUCACCCCUGACGGCGGCUGAAGGAUAAUUGAUGAUAGGGUUCUUUUAAUCACCCCUGAUGAAGGCUGAGGGGCCCGCUGCUGCCUGAUUUGGCGCGCCUGGGGAUCUUAGGAAAAAUGGCGUUGUACACGAAACACAUUCUACCAUUCUUGCUCAGGGAUACUGGCAUAACAGCCUUGCUACAGCGAGCAACUCAAAAACAAAACGGAAGAUCCCAGACGCAACAACUCGUUAGGUUUGCAGCACGUGGCACGCUCAGCUGAUAUACUCUUUGCAAGGGCACAAGGAAUUCCACAUGCAGUAAUGAUGCAGUAAUGACACGUGUGCACAC